UUGUCUUUGUCGCUCAACAGACAGGAAGGCACAUACAUUAUACAUCAAAGCUAUUUUGCAACCAUUUUUGAUACUACUUUAAUAUCGCCUGGAUUCAAUAGGUCCCAAUUCGAUAGUAGAAACAUACAAUGGGGGACUCUAGGCGUGUAUCGUACUUUUACGAUGCCGAGAUCGGAAACUACCAUUACGGCCAAGGCCAUCCGAUGAAGCCUCAUCGCGUGCGCAUGACGCACAAUCUCGUCGUCAACUACGGCCUCUACCGCAAGAUGGAGGUCUUUCGUCCUCGUCUUGUUUCGCCCACCGCCAUGACGCGUUUUCACAGCGACGACUACAUCAACUUCCUCCGAGUCAUUACCCCCGACAAUAUGCAGGAUUACAUUCGUCCCCUCCAGCGCUUCAACGUGGGAGAAGACUGCCCGGUCUUCGACGGUUUGUUCGAGUUUUGUCAGCUCUACACAUCCGGAUCGAUUGGCGGCGCCGCUCGGCUUAACGAAAAUCGCGUCGAUAUUGUUAUCAACUGGGCUGGCGGUCUGCAUCACGCUAAAAAGGCCGAAGCCUCCGGAUUCUGUUACGUCAAUGACUGUGUCUUGGCCAUUCUCGAGCUUCUCAAGAAACACGAACGAGUUCUAUAUAUCGACAUUGAUAUUCAUCACGGAGAUGGAGUCGAAGAAGCCUUUUACUCGACCAACCGCGUCAUGACGGUCAGUUUUCACAAGUUUGGCGAGUACUUUCCAGGAACCGGGGACGUCCUCGAUGUGGGCUACGCCCAGGGCAAGAACUACGCCAUUAACUUCCCGCUCAACGACGGUAUGGAUGACGAUUCGUACGAAUCCAUCUUUCGUCCAGUGAUUGGCAAGAUCAUGGAAGUAUUCGCACCGGGCGCUGUUGUCUUGCAAUGCGGCGCCGAUUCGUUAUCGGGCGAUCGUCUCGGCUGCUUUAAUCUUUCGGCACAGGGCCACGCUAACUGUGUUGAGUUUGUCCGCUCCUUCAAUAUUCCAAUGCUGGUGCUAGGAGGCGGUGGUUAUACGCUACGCAAUGUACCGCGCUGCUGGACGUACGAAACGUCAGUCCUUACGGGAGAAAAAGUUUCGGACGAAUUACCCUUUAACGAUUAUUUCGAGUACUUUGGACCGGAUUAUCGGCUCCAUUUGCCCGUCUCGAACAUGGAAAAUCUUAACUCGCGAGCCUAUUUGGAUAAAACCAAGAAUCAGCUUUUGGAUAUACUGAGUCAAGUUGAGCCCGUGCCCAGCGUACAAAUCCAAACCGGACAGAUAGAUUCACAGACCAACCCUCGCUCUAUGGCGAUGGAAGUGGACGACGAGCCUCCAGCGGAGGAAUCAAAUCCGGAUGCGCGCGUAACGAGGGAAGACACUGGGCGAAAGGAACACGCGUCCGAGCUGGCGGCGUAA